CAUAAUGUCACCCAUAAAGUUACAACGGUUUUAAGCCCCGCCAAACACUUGCUGUUGUGUCCUGCAGGUAAAGUAAGGCACCCUCAGGAACCAACCAUCCAUAAACAGAGGCCCAAAGUAGAAGUACAAGUGGAAAGCACCCGAUAUUUCAGGUCAAUUUCUCAGCUUUUAAUCAGCUUUUUUCCCGCCUCCAUCACGUUCUUGACAAUCCCAUCCCUCACCAUUUCUCUUUCUCUCUCUCUUCUUUACCGUUCCUCUCCCCCACAAUCUCAAAUCGUCAACGCCUCUCGCUAGACUUAAAACUCGCCUACAAACUUGCAUCACAUCUGCCCCGCCAUUACCGCCCAUCUUCGUGAACAACUACAUCAUCGCCCAUCUCGUGCUCUCAGAGAGCUCAGCACCACAGCCAUGCCUGGAUCCGAUAAAGAAAACGACGGCCAUGCGCACAUCGAAGUCCCUAGUGACAGCGACAAGCCUUCACCGCGCCCAGAUGGCGAGUCAAGCCCUGGCCUCAGGAACAGCAAGGGUUGGGAUGGCAAGCUUCGCAUGCCAAAGUCAGCUUCCAUGACAAACCCAGAGGCUCUCACCGAUUCUGACUACUCCGACGAUGAGAAUGUCAUGAAGGGAGAGCAGAUCGACGCUGAUGAGGAUCUCCUCGAUGACGAAGAUCCCGAGACGGACGAAAUUAUGUGUUCGCACUCUCGAAUCGCUUCGAUUUCCUCUCUACGCCUCGAACGCUUCAAGAAUGUUUCCCGUAUCUGCCUUCGCCAAAACAGCAUCGAGCAAAUCGACGGCCUAUCCGCCCUAGCCGAAACCCUCGAAGACCUAGACCUCUACGACAACCUCAUUCCGCACAUUCGCGGCCUCGACGAGCUAACAAACCUUACAAGUCUCGAUCUGAGCUUCAACAAAAUCAAGCAUAUCAAGCACAUCAACCACUUGACAAAACUCAAGGAAUUAUACCUUGUCGCCAACAAGAUUGGCAAAAUCGAGGGGCUGGAGGGGUUGGAUAAGUUGACAUCUCUUGAGCUUGGAUCGAACCGCAUUCGCGAAAUCAAGAAUCUCGACUCUCUGAAGGCGAUCGAAGAGCUUUGGUUGGCCAAGAACAAGAUUACUGAGCUCACUGGUCUCGGUGGUAUGCCUAACCUUCGACUACUGAGCAUUCAGUCCAACCGUAUACGCGAUUUGUCACCACUCAAGGACGUCCCUACGCUUGAAGAGCUAUACAUUUCACACAACAUGUUGGAAUCUCUAGAGGGUCUGGAGCACAACCCCAAGCUACAUGUGCUGGAUAUCUCAAACAACAAGAUCACCAGCAUCAAGGGUCUCGAGUCACUUGCCGAGCUGGAAGAGUUGUGGGCCAGCUAUAAUCUCAUUGGCGAUUAUAAGGAGGUUGCCAAAUAUCUUGCUGAUAAGAAAGAAUUGACGACGGUGUAUUUUGAAGGAAACCCGCUGCAACUGCAGGAACCUGUGGCAUAUAGGAACAGGAUCCGAAUGACCUUGCCGCAGGUCAAACAGAUUGAUGCCACAUUUGUUCGAACAUGAGUUCGACUUUGGAAGGCUUCGUCACAGAAAGCAUGGCGUUAAGGCAAUGGAGUUUGGCUUUUUCGAUAUUCAGGGUGGCAUCAAUGGUGCAUUCAAUCAAUGGUUCAUUCAAAGACAGAUAAAGCUUUAUGUGAGUUACAGUUUAGACAAGGUUCUAGAACAAACACAGAGUUACCGAGGGCAUAGGCAGUCACACUGCGGGCUCAGUCUUGAUCAUAUCAUGGAGCAAUCAUUUCCCAAAACGAAAAUCAUAUCAUGCAAAAAGUGACCAAACUUGUUGAAGGGUUAACUGUCUUUUGUAUUCUAUGAGAGCGUCUCAUCAAGUCCUUGCGGUUCUACAAAAUGCAGCCCAUCGUCAUGUAACGCCAAAUAUCCCAAACAAUCAUGUUUCCAAUGCUUCUUUCUUUUACUAUCAUAUCAUUUCGUUGUCAUUAUUUAAGCGAAGAUCCAGAGCUUCUCAGUAGGGAAGUACUAGGAAUGGUCAGUAUCAUCUUUGGUAAUCAAAUGGUAGUGAAAACUUACGUUGGUGGGCUUGUUGAACUUGAGGUUAAGGUUCAUUCUGGCAAUGCGCUUCAUGUCCUCCUCAUCAAUAUCCCAGCCGACACAGUCGAAGUUCUGGGCCAUGUACUCAGGUGUGGUGCUCUUGGGGAUGACAGCAAGACCUUGCUGUGUGGCCCAUCGGAGGAGGACCUGAGCGGCGGUCUUGUUGUACUUGCUGGCGAGGCCAGUGAAGACCUCGUGCUGCAUGAGAGGAGAAGCAGACUUGGCAAUGUCCAUAUCAAGCUCCAUGAAGCCAGCAGGGCCGAAAGAGGAGUAAGCAGUCAGAGCAAUGCCCUCAGCCUUGGCGAGGCGGACAAGCUCGGUCUGCUGGUGGUAGGGGUGAAGCUCGACCUGGAGGGUGGCAGGUCGGAUCUUGGCGUACUUGAGGAGAUCGUAGAUGGACUGAGCCUGGAAGUUGGAGAUGCCAAUGGACUUGGCAAGACCCUUCUCAACGAGGCCCUCCAUGGCGCCCCAAGUCUCCUCGUUGGUGGCCUUGCUCCAUCGGAUCUCGGUGCCGGCGUCGUCGUAGUGCCAGCCAGGGGGGUAGCGGACCUUGGGGUCGACGUACUCGAGGGCGACGGGGAAGUGGAUGAGGAAGAGGUCAAAGUAGUCGAUCUGCCAGUCGGCGAGCUGUUUGCGGGUAAUGGGCUCGACGUUCUCCUUGUCGUGGUAGGUCUGCCAGAGCUUGGAGACGAUGAAGAGGUCCUCACGCUUCACGAUACCAUCCUUGAUAGCGCGGGCGACACCCUCACCGCAGGCCUUCUCAUUUCCGUAAUCUGUUGUGAAAAAUCCGUUAGACUUUCUCUAAAACUCUGGUUUGGCCGGGUAAAAAGAGAAGUCAUGAAGCUAUCAUGGUGUGGGGUGAAGCUCCAAGUGUAGUGGAGGGGUAGUUUUACAGGGGUAAUGUGGCUGUUUUCUCGGUGCAAUUGACAAUUGGCAGGGAAAAUGAGGGGCAGAGAGACAAGGAUUAUCUGGGGAGGGGCAAAGUAAUGGGAUUAUGGCCGUGUGAUUGAAGUUGGGCGACGGGUAAUUGCAAAGGCAAUUGAGGGCUUGGGGACAAUCAUACCGCAAGCACCGUCGAGGAGACGGUAUCCAGCCUUGAUGGCCUCGUAGACAACAUCAGCACAGUUGUCGUCAACCUUCCAGAGGCCGAAGCCAAUCUGGGGCAUGUCGAAGCCGCUGUUUAGCUUGAUAGUAGGAACGUUGACCAUUGUGACGGGUGUUGAUGUGUAAGAGAUGUGGUGGUUGGUGGAUAGAUAGAGUAGAGAGAGGAGGAGAGGAGAAGCAAGAAUGGGAUGGACAGCUCGGAGGAGGGGACAGUAGUAUUUAUAUUUAUGCUAAGAAGAACACAUGUUGUUAUUAUCCUCAGAGAUAGCUACAGUACCUACCUAGGCAGAUAUCGUAUGCCCUCAUGGGUGCGGCAUGACAAGCAAGGGGCAGAGUCCAUACUACGUAGUAUGACAUGGUCUGGUAUUUGAUAGCGCUACGCCUUCGAGAAGAGAAAAACCAUGAAUAGCG